AUGCAUUACUGGCUCUGCCCCCACGGGGAUUCUCUCCAGGGCCCCAGCAUGCACCAUUCCCUGUGCUCCAGGGGGAACCUUCCCCCAAAUUGAGGGAUGUCAGCUGCCACUGUUCCCUCUGCCCCAGGGGCACUGAGGUUCUGCCCCAUCAUUUACUGCCAUGAGAUCUCCCUGGAGCAUGAGAUCCUGCUGCAUCCACGCUACUUUGGGCCCAAUCUUCUUAACACUGUCAAGCAGAAGCUGUUCACAGAGGUGGAGGGGACCUGCACUGGCAAAUAUGGCUUUGUCAUUGCAGUCACUACCAUAGACAACAUUGGGGCAGGUGUCAUCCAGCCGGGUCGUGGCUUCGUGCUCUACCCUGUCAAGUACAAGGCCAUUGUCUUCCGGCCCUUCAAGGGAGAGGUGGUGGAUGCUGUGGUGACACAGGUCAACAAGGUUGGACUCUUCACCGAAAUUGGGCCCAUGUCCUGUUUCAUAUCUCGACACUCCAUUCCCUCCGAGAUGGAAUUUGACCCAAACUCCAACCCUCCCUGCUACAAGACAGUGGAUGAGGACAUCGUGAUCCAGCAGGAUGAUGAGAUCCGGCUGAAAAUCGUGGGGACCAGAGUGGAUAAGAAUGACAUUUUUGCAAUCGGUUCCCUUAUGGAUGAUUAUCUGGGUCUUGUGAGCUGAAAUAUAAAACCAUCCCUCUUGCUGCAUGUCGGGAUUCCAACUGGGAAACAAUUGAGCUGUACCCAGGCCAGCUUCUGUACCUACUGCUGUAUUUAUAGGGUACAGAUCCACUCUCCUCCACCCAGCAGCUGGGAGUUGGGGGCAGAGGGUGGCUGACAGACCAGUACUUUCUUCUUCACCUCCAAUAAAAGUUCAUUUGUUUUAAUAAA